UCGUGUAUUUAGCUCAAGCCUUAAAGUUUUCCAGAGCAAGGCCCACAGUCCACCAGCAGUGAUGGCAUCAACAUGUGAUUUCCUGGAUGAUGUUCCCACGCUCAAGUUUGGCAAUGCAACUCUGGAGCUAAACCCUGCCUCUGCCAGCCCCUCCCGCACUGCCAGCCCCUCCCACACCGCCAGCCCCUGCCUUAACAAUACUUGCCCACCUGAGGGGUUGCCCCACCGCCCACCGCCGCCCUCUCUCCUGCCCACUCUGUCCCCCCACCCCGUCCUCAGGCCCGCCUUCAGCGACCCACUGAGUGGGCUUGGGCCGCCCUGCACACCGCCCACUCCUGAAGAAUGUGGGCUUGGAUUCUACGCAAGAGAAGGACUGAGUCGCUCGUUCUACAAGCAGCCUCCCAUCGGUGGCCCCCGUCGCCAUAGCGACGCCUCCCUCCCCCCGCCCCCCGAGCUGCAGUUCUUCUCAGUGCGCGCCGGCGCGUUGUCGCGAGCGGUCAUGCAGUGUCGCGCUCUGACCGACCCUUCACUGGACGGCGACAUGAGAGGCGUGUGGCUCCUGACGCAAGUGAGCCACUGGGGCAUGGAGCAGGAGCGGCUGGUGCUGCUCCACGACUCCAGCCUCCUGGUCGUCAAAUAUGACUUCAUUGCCCUCACUCCACUGCACUGCUCCAGGUACCCGCUGGUGGGGCUGUCACGGGCUGUCGUGGGGGAGCUGGUCUACCCGCCCCGCUCCCUCGCCCCCGUUAUUUCCGGACUGGCGGACAGUGUGAUGUCCAUCCUGCGGUCCGUGUUGUGGCCGCGGCUACAUGCGACUCUGCAUAACAUCGCCGACACAUCGAUGUCAAAGUCCUUCCAUAAGGAAGAGAAACCUCCCAGGAAUGAGUGCCGUGAAGCCAACAGCGGUGAAAGUGGCAACUGCGAAGGUCCGCCUUCCGCUUCUCUUGGACUAAACUCCGAUCCUCGUAAUUUGCCGGGGCUGCGGCUUUUCAGCCACCCAAUCACGGAUAAACUUGGUCACUCGUGUAAUUCAGUAACGCCUGAAAGUGAAACUGAUCGUGAUGUGACUACAAAAACAUGCCGUCAAGUUGUUGCUCCUCUGCGCCAUGAUGACAUUUACAAAGGUUGCCAAAAACAAGAUGGUGGCUGUACCAGUUGCCAAAAACAAGAUGGUGGGUGUACCGAUUGUCAAAAACAAGAUGGUGACUGUACCGAUUAUCAAAAACAAGAUGGUGGCUCUACCAGUUGCCAAAAACAAGAUGGUGGAUGUACCAGUUGCCAAAAACAAGAUGGUGGCUGCACCGAGCUCCAAGAAGAGGAUGGUGACUAUAUCAGUUGCCAAAAACGAGUUGGUAGUUACGACAAUCUCAAAAAACAAGAUUGUGGCUGCGGAGAUCUCUAUACUAAGAAGGACAUUUUUCAGAAUGAUGAAGAACAAAAAGACGCACCCAGAGUUUGUACAAAACACGAUUGCGUCUGUAUUGGCCAAGAAAAGCACAAAACCGGCCGCAAUAAAUGUGAAAAACAAGCUGGCGAACCAACAUGGCGUCAGAGAUGGAACCCAUUCUGCAACGAUUUGCCCUACCUUACACUGACGUCUCAUCCUCUCUUCUGGUGCACCUCAGGUGAUGACACAUCGAUGUAUGACGUCCUGCAUUUAUCGCGGGAGUUAUCGGUGGCGCUGGAUGAGCUGGCCAACCGAGCGGACGCUCCUGUAUGCAAGCUCAAAGUGGCGCCCAUGUUUCGCUCUUUGUACGACCAUACAAAUGAUGUGAGGAGCUCUAAUCUGCCUCACGUGCCACGAAACUGCACUGAAACGGCGCCGUUUGGCUCUAAUGUAGAACUCAAGGCUAAUAAAAAUACGACCUCAGAUAGCGAUGCUAAAUCAGAUGGAUCGGCGAAAAGUUUAAAUAAAAAUCCCAACGACGCAGAGAGAUUUUGUGGGGAUGUGGAUGAAAAUCGAAAGACGCAAAAAGAUCUGAUGAACAGCGCCCUGCCAAACAACCCUGAAAAAUGUAUUAAAAACGGCCGUUCCGAUCAAAGUUCCGCAUUCGCGGAAGAUUCUUGGCAGAUUUCGGCCCAUUUCCCGCAGACAACCGGCGAUGUUCAGCAUAUUACGACCGAUUCCUGGCAGAUUUCGGCCCAUUGUCCGCAGACUACCGGCGAUACUCAGCAUGUUACGACCGAUUCUCCGCCGGUUGCAGCCGGCACAGCGUCUGACGAGGACGACGAAGACCUGCAGCUGGUGGUGGAGAACUACGUGGGUCUGGUGUCCCUGCUGCACAACGCAGCGCAUCUGGGAUAUUUCAAGACCAGGGGGAAAAUUAGCUUCUAAUCUAAUCUUCAAUCUAAUCUAAUUUGCGGCUGAUAUGGAAGUUAGAAUUAGCAUCUGAUUUACUACGACAAAAAAGGGCUCCUACUUUUCUGCUAGUGAAGUGUGGGCUUCUAAUUAAACAUUCUGUUAGGUAGGAUGGGCAUACUUUACUCCCACUGGAGGAUGGCUUUCUACUGUAACUUACUGUCACUGGGAGGGAGGAUAGGCCUACUUUACUCCCACUGAGAGGAUAGGCUUCUACCCAACUCCUACUUGUAAGCGUAUUUCUUACUAAUACCGUCAGAUGGGAGGGUGGGAUUACGAUGUUAUGACCUCUGAAGAUUGUAGGUUUUUUUCUAUAACGUAUUUUCCCUGAAAAUGUUCCUUUUAGAGUAUAUCCUCGAUUUUGUAGGUUUAAGUACGGAUCUAGUGCCAAUAUAUCGUCUAGUCAGUAUUCUUAUAAGACGAUACACUGUAUUUAAUCUGGUCAGUAUUAAAGAAUAUUUAGUAUUAAGGUGACUGCUUCGAUGCAGUUUAGUCUAGUCAGUAUUUAUUUAAUGAGAAUACAUUCCAUUUAUUGGUGACAGCUUUAAUGCAGUUUUAUCUAGUCAGUAAUUAAGAUAAAAUAUUUACUGUAGAUAUAGACGAUGUUUGCCGUUCAUCAAGACAUUAUUUAUUACAAUGUUUGGUGCUAUUUACAAAAUAUUAAGCUU